AUGGAAAGAAAGCUACUGGAGAAAGAUAUGUUGGAUUCUCAAGAGGAUUUACGGAAAGAUGAUAUAGAAAACAGUAACAAUGAUGGUGAGGAUGGUGAGGAAGAGGGUGGAGAAGGGGCUGAUGGUGAAGAUGGUGAGGAAGGUGGAGAAGGAGCCGAUGGUGAAGAUGGUGAGGAAGAGGGUGGAGAAGGAGUUGAUGGAGAAGAUGGUGGAGAUGAUGAUGAAGACAAAGAAGAAGAACCUGAGGUGAGAACAACCAGAAAGAAGCACACAUCAAUAAGAAAAGAUAAAGAAGGCAGGUCUUCUCAGAAACAGGAAACAAAGAAACAAUCAAGGAGAAUGGAAAGGGUGAAAAAAGCUGCUGCUAAUGAAGAAGCAGAACCAAUUAAAAAGAUGAAGAAAGGGAAGAAGCAAGCUGUAAAGAGAAAUUCAAUGGUGGAUUGA